UUUAAAUCUCUCUCUCAACGGAGGAUUUGGAUUUGCGUUUGAUGUGAUGGAGUUCUUCCGCCGGUGGACGCGGGAGGAGGACAAGGCAUUCGAGAGGGCGCUGGUGGCGAUUCCGGAGGGAGCACCGAAUCGGUGGUUGCUGAUCGCGGCGCAGGUUCCCGGGAGGAGCCCGGGGGAGGUGUGGGAACGCUACCGGCUGCUGGUAAACGAUCUCGAGAUGAUCGAGCGCGGGGAGGUGGAGACGCCCUGGCAAUGGGACGACGCCGACGCCGACGACGACGACGCGGGCGAGAGCUCCGACGCCCCUGGGACCUCCAACGGCCGCCGUCGCCAGACCUCCUUCGGCCGGGGCCGCGGCGAGGAGCGCCGCCGGGGGAUCCCCUGGACGGAAGAAGAGCACCGGUUGUUUUUGGACGGGCUGGCCAAGUUUGGGAGGGGUGAUUGGAGGAACAUUUCGAGGUGGGCGGUGAAAACAAGAACGCCAACUCAAGUGGCCAGCCAUGCUCAGAAAUACUUCAUCCGCCAGGGCCCUAAUGCUAGCAAUAAAGAGUCUAAGAGAAAGAGCAUCCAUGACAUCACGAAUCCUUGAAAAGAUCAUAUAGCAAGCCAAUCUCUUUCAUUCUCUUUUUUUUUUUUUUUUUUAAGGCUUAGCUAUAUUCUCUCGCUAUAUAUAUAUAUAUAUAUAUAUAUAUAUAUAUAUAUAUAUAUAUAUAUAUAUAUAUAUAUAUAUAUAUAUAUAUAGCUUGAAAGAAUAACAUCCAUCCGGUAUCACAGGAUUUAUUUUAUUUCUGCAUGUGAAUUCCCUUCUAGUGGAACCUUAAUGGAUUGGUUUUGGCAAAGAAGCCUGUUUCUUGUGCUACAUUUUGAUUAUUGUGGUAUGAUAUUUGCGAUGGGUUCUCCUAA